AUGUUAUUCAUGUUGAUAAUAUUAAGUUACCAUAAAUCUCUCGUUUCUUGUCCUUCCAUCUCUUUAACUCUCCCUCCCCCCUCCACCACCACUACCGCAAAAAUUCGCCGCCAACACCCCCCGUGGCCCAGUCCAACUCCUUCCACUCGUUUCGACCCGCCGCCGUCGCCGUCACCGCCACCGCCUCAUCCGUCAAAGCUGCCGUCAAAGCUGCCGUCAAAGCUUCCAACCGUUGCCAAAAGCUCCUUCUUUGCUGCACCCACAGGACCUACAAGAGUAUCUUCCGAUUAUCGCAAUAACAUACAACUUCCAAAACCUGAUAGUCAAACCCCUCCUGUGUAUGAUUAUCACGAUAUCCCUUUAAACGCAUCUUCUUCUCAAGCUUUUCUUUCAUCCAGAACAAACUCCAAUCCUAUUGAUUCUACUGCUGCUGAUUCUAUCACCACUACUAUCAAUCAGUCUCAACAACAACAGCAACAGCAACAGCAACAACAACAGCCUCCUCCACCAUACUACCCUCCUGUUAAAAACGUCUUUUCAAUGUCUCUACCAGCUGCAUCUGCUGAACCAGUCCCUCCUGCUUCUAUCCUCACUCAGGUCGAUGAAUCAGCCGGAUACCAGUCUUCUUGGGGAAACGAUGGCUCUUCGUCAGCUUCUGAUGCACAAAAGGCUCAAGAAAAUGCCUCGCACAAGUUUGUUAUCAAUGCGCGUGGAACUCUCAUUGAGCUGACCCAACACGAAAUGUACCGCCUCCCUCAAUGCAUCCUUGUCGGUCUCUCUUCGAGUAUCGUCACCGGCGCUCCAACUCUUGACUCUGGGGAUCCCACUAACCCUCUCUAUAUUAACUUCCCUCCACGCUUCCUGCAAUACACACUAGAUGUAUUUCGAGCCAUGAGCAACGAGUCGCCGCGUAAUUCGCUCUCGACUCUUGAAAUGACUGACCUUGCAGAGGCUAUCCGCACAAAACCAGCUGUUAUUGUGCUUCGCGAAGAUGUAGACUUUUAUUGUCUUCCGCCUUCAGAAAUAGUUUCUAAACGUCAAAUGAAUAGCAUUAAACGUGCCUGUGGUCAGCUGCUAGUUCAACGUAACAAGGUCCUUGCUGGCCUGCGUAAAUCGGAGCUGCCUGGGUCGCCAGAACAACACCUGAUUGAAAUGCUCUGCUCAACAGGCUUUUCCCCUGAUGAGACCUGGGGUUACCGCGAAAUGGAGCCUAAUAAGACUGUCGUUAGCAGUCUGGCACUGGUUCGUCUGCGGACAGACUUGCUGCCAAUGGAACAUCACCAAAAGCAACCUGAUUAUACAGAGAGAAGUAACCCAUAUGAUGAUGAUGACGAGAGGAGUGUAGCACAAAUGUCUAUUGACCAGAUUGAAGAUCCUCCACUGGUUUCUGAAUCGGACGAGACCCCAGCGACCUCAGUAACUUCAGCUGAAUUGCCUGAUACUGUUUCGCCUACAACUUCACAUGAAUCGCAUGAAUCCGCAGCAGGCACUAUCCGCGAAGAAGGUGGCAAGCCUGGAAGCACUAGUGAGCAACCAAAUUUACAGACACAACAACAACAGCAGCAGCAGCAGCAGCAACCGGCGGUUGACCUGGCCAAGUCGCAGAAACUGUUUUUAUUCUGGAAGAAACCUGCGCGCAAGUGUUGGUGGGACACAAUCACCUUUUCCGAUGUUCCUGGAUGUGAUGUGCCUAUCAAGGUUCAUCUGCGAAGUGUGUGGACUUUAGAACUGUGCAUUGUUGAUUAA